UUUUCACAUGAUUUUUUACAAGUCACACUGAUAAACCAUUUUUCCGAUUUAUUUACAUAGAACCUAACCGGAAGCUCAAAACCCUAAUACAAACAUUUAGCUCCCUUCACUCUCCCUCUGUGGGCAGCUUCACUCGACAUCUGAAAUCGGAGGUGCAGAGAAGCAACCCAAAAGAAGAAUGGCAGAGAAGGCUGGGAGUGUGACGAUAAGAACUAGGAAGUUCAUGACCAACAGGCUGCUGUCAAGGAAGCAAUUCGUUAUAGAUGUUCUGCAUCCUGGGAGAGCCAAUGUUUCAAAGGCUGAGUUGAAGGAGAAAUUGGGUAGGAUGUAUGAAGUUAAAGACCCAAAUUCCAUAUUUGCUUUCAAGUUCCGUACUCAUUUUGGAGGAGGGAAAUCUACUGGGUUUGGACUUAUUUAUGACUCAGUCGAGAGUGCAAAGAAGUAUGAGCCUAAGUAUCGACUAAUCAGGAAUGGACUAGAUACGAAGGUUGAAAAGUCCAGGAAGCAGAUGAAGGAAAGGAAGAACAGGGCCAAGAAGAUUCGAGGUGUAAAGAAGACCAAGGCAGGAGAUGCUGCUAAGGCUGGGAAGAAAAAGUGAGGUGUUAUAAUAUUCUGAGCUAGAUUCUUGCAGAAAUACAAUUUUCUUUGUUAAUUUUGUUAGUUUAUGGAGAGACUAAUGAAAUGCUGUGCUUUCCUUCUCUUCUUAAUAUUUCACUCCUCAUUUUGUAUGGUAUGUCACUGUCUAUGCUUAUGGAAAGUUUAAUGUUACAAGGGAUACUUUAUUAGAGUAAUCAAGACAAGUUUCUAGU